AUGGCUUCACACACAAAGGACCCCAUUACUUGUCACGUUCUUGACACUCAGGCUGGUCGCCCCGCUCGCGGCAUCCGCGUCCGCCUUGAAGGUCCCAUUCCUGCUUAUGCCAACCCGCACUCAUCCGCUCAGCCUCGGGCCAACACCUUUGAGUCCAUCACUGACGAGGAUGGUCGCGUUACUUCCUGGUUGCCCUUUCUCUCCGAGGACUCUGCCGGAGAGCCUCCCCUCCAAACUCUUGUUGAAGUCCUUGAGGAUCGCAAGGGAAAGGGCUCAUCUCGCUGGACGUUGCGCUUCGACACCGGGGCUUACUUUGGCGAGGACAAGACCUUUUUCCCAGAAGUGACGGUUACCUUCCGUAUGGAGGAGAGGCAGACGUACCAUGUUCCUCUACUGCUGAGCCCCUACAGCUACACCAGCUACCGUGGAAGCUAA